GCACGCGCGCGCACGCACCGCGGUGCGAGGCGAAGUUUUGUUAGAUUCACGUGUGUCGACUACCGGCUUGGUCGCCGCAUAGGGAAUCGUCCGUGUCACGACGAACGGAGAUCGGAGUCACGCGACUCGCUGCGAUUGGAAGAGGGAGAGAGAGAGAGAGAGGGAUAGAAAAAGAGCGGACUCAGGUAAUGGAGUGUCGCGCGACGAGCACCGCCGAGCUCGUCCUUCCGGUGGAGGGUGAAAACAACCAGCGGCCGAUCGCCGAUCACGGUAGCAGCUGAGAAGGAGACACGCGGACGCCAUCAUUAUUGCGUAAGGCCGACGGACGACCGGCACGACGAGAUGUUCAUCUACGGUCGAGCGAUUGGCAGACUGUCCAGCAGGCUCACGCACGCGAAUCGCCUCUAUCGAUGUGUAAAAUAUACCGGAGUUGUAAAUAUUAGUAACUUACGCUAUAGUAGCGAUGCGAGCAAUAAAAAGCCUCACAAGCCACCGGGCACCACUAUCAAGCCGGAGGAAUGUGUGCCUGAAUCUAGAUACUCCAAGCCACGGCAAGCUGUUCCAGCCUGCGAAGCGGAGCACAACGCAUCCUGCCCAGCUCGCAAUGAGUGCAAGCCCGACAAUGAUCAGAAGCAAUCGAGCGAGGGAGGCUCAGGCUUUGGCAAAGGUGGCAAAUAUCAAUUCCGCUAUUGGCACUUACUCGCUGCCUUGAUCGUAACGGGAGUUACCGCAUACAAUGUAUCCCCCUCAUCUUGGUGGAAAGGUGAUGGCACGGGUCAACUAGGGAGCACAAGUAAACACAAAAAGGAAAAGAGGAGGCACAAGAGAUUUAGGGAGAAAGUUAGAACUCCGGUGGAAUCCAAGUUAAUACCCCAGGAAGUACCUUAUCUACUGAUAGGCGGAGGAACAGCUGCAUUUUCAGCAUUUAGGUCAAUUAAAUCUAGAGAUCCCAAAGCUAAGGUUCUGGUGAUAUCAGAGGAGGAGGAGUUUCCCUACAUGAGGCCACCAUUGUCCAAAGAACUUUGGUAUAAUACGGAGCGAGAAACAUCUGCGCAGUUACAUUUUAAUCAAUGGAACGGAACGCAAAGGAGUAUAUUUUAUGAACCGAGCGAGUUCUACACAAACGUUAAUCAGCUCGUGGAAUCCGACAAGGGCGGGGUUGCCGUGGCGAUGGGCUGGAAAGUGAAGAAGAUCGAUGUUGUAAAUAAGACUGUGGUCCUGGAAGACGAUUACGAAGUGAAAUACAACAAAUGCCUCGUCGCGACUGGUGCAUCACCGAAAAAUCUGCCGAUAUUCGAGUCCGCCGAGGACGGGGUGAAGGACAAGAUUACUGCGUUCCGAACGAAGGACGACUUCCUCGAUCUGGAGGAUAAUGUUGCCAAGUCCAGGUGUAAGAAUAUCGCGAUUAUCGGCGGUGGAUUCCUCGGUUCGGAACUUGCCUGCGUGCUUGCUAGAAAUUAUAAAUCUAAACGAGUUUACCAAAUUUAUAAAGAAAAAUCUAUAAUGUCACAAGUAUUGCCGGAAUACUUGAGCGAGUGGACCACAAAGAAGGCCGAAGCUGAAGGCGUUCUCUCUCUGCCUAACACAGAAGUUGAAGAUUAUACAUAUAAAAACGGCCGACUGUCUCUGAUUCUUACCGGUGGUAAAACUGUCGACGUUGAUCAAGUGAUAGUAGCAGUAGGUGUUCAACCGAAUACAGAUUUGGCGACAACUUCCCGUUUGGAGACGGAACCUAACAUAGGAGGGUUCCUUGUUAACGCCGAGUUAGAGGCGAGGAGCGAUCUCUGGGUCGCUGGCGAUGCGGCGUGCUUCUACGAUGUCAAGCUCGGUAGAAGAAGAGUCGAACAUCACGAUCACGCUGUUACCUCGGGCAGAUUAGCCGGCGAAAAUAUGACUGGUGCAGGUAAACCGUAUACGCAUCAAUCCAUGUUCUGGUCAGACCUGGGACCCGACGUGGGCUACGAAGCGGUGGGUAUCAUAGACUCGUCCUUGCCAACCGUGGGAGUCUUCGCGAAAGCAACGGAGGAAAACAAGGCAGCUAGUAACGCUAGUGAGGAACAAGAGAAAAAUCCUGACAAGUCACAGUCCAACGUCAAAUCGGCAUCACAAAUCGUGAAGAACGUAGACAAUCCGGGUUCACAGAAAACUAAUAAUGCAUCUGAAGGCGAUGUAAUAAAAUCUGUAGAGCAACCUGUGAAGCAAGAAGAUUUCGGAAAAGGUAUUAUUUUCUACCUGCGAGACGACGUCGUGGUAGGAAUACUGCUGUGGAACGUCUUCAACCGAAUGGCGAUUGCUAGACGGGUGCUAACGGGAAACACGAAAUAUGACGAUUUAAAUGAGGUAGCAAAAUUAUUUACGAUUCACGAUGAUUGAUUGUUCGAUUAACGAAUAAGAAUGAAAAUGACAAUAUCACGAGAUUACUGUAUUGUAUGUAAAAAGAUGUCCAACUUCUGUGUCCGAGAUUAUUGUUAUAAUUGGGAGAAAAAAACCGCUACCAACAGUUCGCGUAUUGUUGAAAUGUGGAGGCGCGCGAAUUACACGAGUACUAGUGCUGCAUUGCUUGUAUAUGUGAGAUUUCCAAAUCUGUAUACAAUCUGUAUGCAAUCUCUCAUUCUCAUGCGCGUACGUACAAAACGUAUGUACGUCUAACUGGAAGCAUUUAUAGGAAAUAAAAGAAGGACAAUUUUAUUCAUUA